AUGAAAAAACUAUUUAAGAUUAUGUUGAUCAAAUAUUAUAAUGCUCAAUCUCUACUAUUUUAUAGAUAAUAAUUAUUUUGCCUAGAGUAUAACUCAUUCAAUAGGGGAAGUUUUAAUAAAAUAUUUAAUCAAAAAUAUCCAAUUUUCGACCUACCUCGGUUGACGUAGGUGGGUCUUAUCGAGGGAAUACGGUAUAUACGUAAAUAAAAUAUGCUUGCAAAAAAAAAACUAAUGUGA